GCCACCAAUCCAAACGACAGAGCAGAACAAAUGUAUCCAGCCGAUCGAGCGUGUACCUACCGCUACCUGCGUGCCGUGCCAGCGUGCUGCUAGGCUGCUAGCUUCCUCGACCAAUCGGUAUCGCCAUGCCGCUCCUCCUCCUCCUCCUCCGUGUCCUGCUCCUGGCCGCCGGGCUCGCCGUCUCCCGCGGGUACCCCACUGCCGGCGCCGGCGAAGGCAGCCUGUACAACUCGAGCAUGUGCCAGAAGUCCUUCGCGUGUGGGGGGAUUAACAUCCACUACCCCUUCUACCUGUCCAGCGAGUCCAAGGUCGUCGACGGGGUGGCCUACUCCUACUGCGGCUACCCCGGCAUGGCCGUGCUUUGCGACGACAGCCGCGCCAACGCCACCGCCACGCUCCAGCUCGCCGGGGGCACCAACUACACCGUCCACGCCAUCGACUACGACAACCACACCAUCACGCUCGCCGACGCCGACGUCCUCAACGGCGUCUGCCCCAUGGUCCGCCACAACGUCAACAUCCCUCGCGAGGCGUGGCUCAACUUCACGCCCACCGGCAACAGCACCAUCUCCUUCUUCCUCGACUGCAGCUUCACCACAAACGUCACCGUCGCCCCUCUGCCGCCGCCUGAGCUCGUCCCGAUCAACUGCGCCGGCUUCGAGCGAGGGCGCGGGUCGUCGUUCCUCGCCACGCAGCUCGGCGCGCCGGACGGGAACUGGACACGGGCGUGCAAGGAGGUGUACGUGGCGCCCGUGCUGACCGGCGAGUGGCUGACGAGCCCGGACUCCCGCGGGCGGCUCGGGAGCGGCGGGUACGGCGACGUGCUGCGCCGCGGGUUCCGGCUCAGCUGGGACCCGAGCGCCGGCCCCUGCUUCAAGUGCGAGCUGUCCGGGGGCCGGUGCAGCUACGACCAGCCCGGCGGGUUCCUCGGCUGCCUCUGCUCCGACGGCCGCGUGCGCAACAUGGACUGCGGACCAAAGAGAACGAGCAAAAAUGCAAUAAUAGCAGUAGGAUGCUCCGCAGCAGCUCUGGUUCUAUUCGUGCUUCUCCUCGUGGUGUCGUUCCUGUACAUCCGCAAGAGGAGGCAGUACAAGAUGACCUCGUCGUCCAGGCUCCUCAAGUACAGCAACUCCGGCGGGACGCCCCGCUCCAGAGGCGGCAGCGACCUGGAGUCCAGCGGCGUCCACAACCUGCAGACGCACCACUUCGCCUACGAGGAGCUGGAGGAGGCCACCGGCGGCUUCAGCGACACCCGCGAGCUCGGCGACGGCGGCUUCGGCACCGUGUACAAAGGCCAACUCCGGGACGGGCGCGUGGUGGCCGUGAAGCGGCUCUACAACAACGGCUGCCGGCACGUGGAGCAGUUCCUGAACGAGGCCGCCAUCCUGUCGCGGCUGCGCCACCCGAACCUCGUCACCUUCUACGGCUGCACCUCCAGCCGCAGCCGGGAGCUGCUGCUCGUGUACGAGUACGUGCCCAACGGCACCGUGGCCGACCACCUGCAGGGCCACCGCGCCGCCGAGCGCGCGCUGCCGUGGCCGCUCCGCCUCAACGUCGCCGUCGAGGCCGCCGCCGCGCUCGCCUACCUCCACGCCAUCGACCCGCCCGUGGUGCACCGGGACGUCAAGACCACCAACAUCCUCCUCGACGCCGACUUCCACGUCAAGGUCGCCGACUUCGGGCUCUCCAGGCUCUUCCCGCUCGACGGCGCCACCCACGUGUCCACCGCGCCGCAGGGCACCCCGGGGUACGUGGACCCGGAGUACCACCAGUGCUACCAGCUCACCGACCGGAGCGACGUCUACAGCUUCGGCGUCGUGCUCGCGGAGCUCAUCUCGUCCAAGCCCGCCGUCGACGUCACCCGGGACCGCGACGAGAUCAACCUGGCCGCCAUGGCUGUGGGCAGGAUACAGCGGUCGGAGCUGGACCAGCUGGUGGACGCCGAGCUUGGGUAUGGCUCCGACGAGGCCACGACGAGGGCGAUCACGAUGGUGGCGGAGCUGGCGUUCCGGUGCCUCCAGCAGAACAGCGAGAUGCGGCCGCCGAUCAAGGAGGUGCUCGACGGUCUCAGGGGCAUACAACAGGGCGGCGCGAAGGAGAAGAAAUACGACGUCAUCGUCGUGCCCCGCUCCCCGAACACCGUGCACGCUCCUUGGGACAGCAUGAGCACCACCCCAAGCAUUAGCCAGUAGCGUACGUAGAGAUCGAUGGCCGGAGCUUCAAAAUGUCACCUCCCCUCCCGUUGUUGCAAAUCAGCGAAGAUGAAUGUAAAUAUAAAUGGCGAUUGUGUGUUAUCAGUGGACAACUUGUAAAUACCGGUCAUGGUUGUAUUUCUGUUGUUGCAAAUCAGGAAAGAGGAAAGCAGUGUUUCUA